UCUGACCCGCUCGACCUUUCUUUUAUACAGUCUAUGGUUCUGACGCUGCUUACUAUAACAGGAAGUAAGUCGGAGACCUUUCGCGUUUGGCGAUUGACCACAUUAAACUGGACUGAUAAGAGCAGAUCACCUGUGUUCUUAGCUUGGUUUGAUCCGCAGCUGUCUACCAGUCAGCCGGCCGAUUGGGGCUCUCGUAGGUCGGCAGUCCGAGUCAAAGAAUUUCGGUUGUGCAACUCAACGCGUUUGCGUGUGUAGCGGGGUUUGAUCGUUUCUCAGGUUGUUUUCGACCUCUCUGUGCUUUAAAUGGCUCUGGUGACAGCGUUAAAGAGACUAGCUCAUGUUAGGUUAGGACACUACUCGCUGAGGACGGCGACGGCAGCGUCUGGUUCCUCCGUGACUGUCCAGAGGAGCCUCACCAUCGGUACACAACCUCUGAGGUCAGACAACAAGGUGACGGUCCACUUCUACAACAGAGAUGGGGAGAAGAUCACAGUGAAGGGUCCGCCUGGAGACUCGCUGCUAGAUGUUGUCAUCAAUGAAGACCUCGACUUUGAUGGCUUUGGAGCGUGUGAGGGAACACUGGCGUGCUCCACGUGCCAUCUGAUCUUUGAGGAAGAAGUCUACAAGAAGUUGGGGCCAAUUACAGACGAGGAGAUGGACAUGCUAGAUUUAGCCUACGGCCUGACUGACACAUCUCGACUGGGUUGCCAGAUCUGUCUGAGCAAGUCUCUGGAGGGCAUGGUGGUCCGGGUUCCAGAGAGCGUAGCCGACAUCCGACAGAGCAAAGACGGAUCUUCUUAACAGCGAAGCCGCCGCUGACAAACGUGGAUGUAGGCAGUGUGGUUGUGCCCGGUCAGAACUGAGGGUACGACUUAUGUCCACAGGGACGAUGGUAGGUAUACACUACUACAUACUGCUGCUGUAUCUGGUCGGCUGCCGCAGUAUCGUUUCGUCCUCUUUUUAUAAAAAAUAAUAAAAAAUAAAUCCUUCCGAAGUGUAAAGACAGCUAGAGCCAGCUCUCAAUAACCGGGACUUAGACUGAAACUGUAAUCUGCAGUUUAGAGGACAGACUGUAACCAUCAGAGAACCUCCCAGCACUAGUGAGGAAUUAAUAGUCAAAUAUUUAUCAGAUAUGAGCUCCAAAGUCUGAGAUAAAGCUAUGGCAUCAUAUCAUUAUAAACUUUGUUAAUCUGUCCUAAUUUAGGCAUUUUCUAUUUUAAUCAUAUUCAGUAAAAUACUUGUAUUUGUCUCUAUGGAGGACACAUUGAACACACACCAGACUUUCUGGUUCAGAAAGUAAUUUAUUAACGGUCAGACUGCAGCCAGUCACUGCUGUCCACAUCUAGCUCGUGGCUGUGACUUUGAUUAUCUUUAAGUAUCUUUUUCUUCUCUGGUAUCAAUGAGUUCCACUUGAUUUUUGCAGGGUAUAUAAACAUAUAUACAAUCAUUAAGAAUGUAUACAGCAGUCAGAUGUGGUAUCGGAGCUAAAUCCAAACUCUGGGUGUAAAUUCACUGACCAAGGUGAAGGAAAAGAUGCAGAGCCCAAUGCAGCCACCAGUUCUGGACGCCUUAGAGACUGUGCUAAUGCUAACACCCCCGAAACCAUGUUUUCUUAUAUUCUACAAAGAUGUAUACCCCCCCCAAUGUUGUUUUGAUCAGAUAUUUCAUGUAACCAUUUAACUUCAUUAUGUGAUUGUACAUAGCUAGAGUGCACACACACAUUUAUAUAUAUAUAUAUCUGUGUAUAGAGUGAAAAAUAAUGUAAUAAAGAAAUCACCUUUCUAAUGGCGUGUUGAACUGUUGGUCUGUUAGUGUCUGUCUGGUUUAAAAAGCUAUUUAUUUGACUAAUAACCACAAGUCAAUUAAUUUAUAGGUAAUUUAUUAGCAAAGUUUCAGACUCUUUAAUACAGUGUAUGAAUACAG